AUGCUAGCGCGGUCUAGCAAGCGGUCGCCGCUGUCCCGGCUCGCCGUCGCGCAACAACGUCGUGGUGGUCCGCUCACCGGCUCCGCCGCAGCCUUGUCGACGUCGUCAACUUGGCAGUGGCUGAAAUCGCUCUUCUCGCCGCCAACGCCGGCACCAGUCACGCAAGCCAGUGGUCCGUCGAGCGUCGCCGCCGGCGCGCCAGCUGCUAUUGCGUUGCAGCCGCGCGGUCGGGUCACUGGGAAGCUCUGCGUCGCGGCGAUCGAUCCGCCCCCCAACUUUGACGCCUCGUGCGCCGCGGUUGCCCGUGCGGUGGCGGGCGCCGAGACGGUUCUUCUCGCCGUGUGCAAGGCUGACCUGCUGCCGCAGCUCUCGCCGGGCGAGCUCGAGUCGCUCCGGCGGCGGUUCGAACGGCGGCGACCCGGCGUAUCGUGCGCCUCCGCCUUUGGGGAGAGCAGCACUCGGCCGCUCGCAGCGGAGGUGCUGGCGCAGGCGUCCCGGGGCGGGCACAGCGAGCCGUUGGCUCCGCUGGUUGCACGCUUGAGCGCCCGCCCGGAAGCAGUCGAGGCUGGCUCGUGGCGGCGGGUGCCGGUCGGCGUCGGCCGCAAGGCUGUCCUCGAGCUGGUGGGCGACGGCGGCCGUGGCGGCGGGGGAGAGGUGUUGGGGAGGGCCGAGGUCGUGUUUCCGGGCGGCGGUGGCGGCGAGGAGGAGCAGGAGUUGGCGGAACUCAGCGCGGGUCUGCUGGCGAGGCUCUACUCCUUCAUGGGCGGGCACGCGCUGGACGUGGAGUGGGCGGGUGUGGGGUGGGUCUCCCUCUGCGCGCAGAGCCCGUUUGUCGUCACGCCGCUCUCUCCCGCCGGCUGCAUCGCGUCCGCCCGGAGGCCGCUAUACGCCCGCUCGGCGGAGCUGGGCGGGCCGACGUACGCGCCCUACCUGUCCGAGGCAGGGCUGGCGGAGGGCCUCGAGAGCGGCGAGCUGGCAAAGGGGCGUCUGCAAGUGACAUACAGCAACCCUCAGAAUGCGUUCGUGGCGGGCGGCGUCGGGCAGGCCCCGGCAGUGUCGCUCUUUGGCCGAAGGGCACUCAACCGGGCGCUGCACGGCGAUGAGGUUGCGGAGGAGCCGGUGGGCGGCCGCUGGUCUUCCUCUCCGCCACUCGCCCUCCCAAGGGAUGGCCGCUACCCGCCGUUUGAGCUGUCGGCAAGCUGCUCGCCCGGACAGCUCGCCGGUGGACACCAGUCAAGUGGACACCAGUCAAGUGGACACCAGUCAAGUGGACACCGGUCGGGCCAGCUAGUCGCCGCGAAGGUCGGCAGCUGGGAGGUGGAGCAGACGCACCCGUCGGCGACGGUGGUGCGGGUCCUGGGCGAGGCUGGGACGGCGGCGGCGGAGUCGGAGGCGCUGCUCGUGGAGAGCGACGUGCGGCUCGAGCCCUUCUCGGACGAGGUGGAGGCGUGCCUUCCGCCCGCCGACUGGAGCAUCUCCGCCCGCGAGAUUGCGCGCCGCCUCGACCUGCGCGACGCCGCGGGCGUCGACAUCUUCUCGAUCGACCCGCCCGGGUGCGUGGACAUCGACGACGCCCUUCACUUGCGCACUCUCUCGCCGGGCGUCUUCGAGGCAGCCUCGCGCGGCGAGACCUUCUACCUCGUCAACACGCGGGCAAACAUGAUCCCGCCGCGCCUGUCGGAGGACCUGUGCUCGCUGCACCCGCACGUCGACCGGCUCGCCUUCUCGGCCCUCUUCACCAUGGACGAGCGAGCAAACCUCCUCUCCACGACUUUUGCGAAGAGCGUGAUCCGCUCCGCCGGAGCCCUCUCCUACGCCGACGCGCAGGAGCGGCUAGAGAGGGAGGGCUGCCCCGAGCCGCGCACGGCCGCGCUGCAGACGCUCGGCCGCCUGGCGGUCCUGCUCAAAGGGAGGAGGGCGGCCAGCGGCGCUCUCUUCCUCGGCGUGUGGCAGCGCGUGAAGUUUGAGCUCGCGCCGAUCGAGGAGGGCGACGCGUCGGGUCCGAUGAGCCUUCCCACCGGCAUGGCGCUGCGCAAGCAGCAGGCGGCGCACUCCUCGCGCCUCGAGGAGGCCGCGGCGCACUCGCUCAUUGAGGAGUUCAUGGUCCUCGCCAACUGCGCCGUCGCGAGGCGCGUCGCCGAGGCGUGGCCGGAGGCGGCGCUGCUCCGCCUCCACCCGCAGCCGGAGGAGUCAAAGUUCGCCGCCCUCGCCCGCGCGCUCGAGCAGCAAGGGAUGCCCUUCCGGGCGAGCGGCGCGCGCGAGCUGGCCGCCUCCCUCUCCCUCGGAGCGCACGAGCUGGCCGCCUCCCUCUCCGCCUGCACUAAGCCGGGCGACCCGCACUUCAACCACCUCGUGCGCCUCAUCUCGACACGCUGCAUCGCGCCCGCAAAGCACAGCGGGCUUGCAGAGCCGACGUACACGCACUUCACCUCGCCGAUCCGGCGGUACGCAGACCAGGCGACGGUGAGCGACGCGUACGUUGUCCGCGUGGCCGAGUCGGGCGUGACGCUGCUCGUGCCGGAGCACGGCUUCGAAGGCUACUCGCACCUCGCCCCCCCGGGCGGCGCCAGCCCCUUCCGCUACGACAAGGAGCGGGAGGAGCUGUCUGCGGGCGGGUGCCGCCUCCGUAUGCUCGACCGCGUGCGGGUGCGCAUCUCCGUCGAGCUCGGCCCGCUCAGCAAGCCGCGCCUCGUUCUCGCCAUCGUCGAGCCGAAGCUGCCGAAGGGCGCGGCCGCCGCUCCUCGGCCGACGGCCUUCCAGGAGGCCAUCGCUGAGGAGGCGGCGACCCCGCGAGGGGGGCCGAGGCGGGGAGGCGGCAAGAAGGCGUCUCGGCAGCAGAGGUCGAGGGGCAACCCGAGGUCGGCCCGCAGGCAACCCGCGGAGUUCCGCGUCCAGCGGAGUUGACAGAGCGAUCGCGCAACCUGAACUGUCGUGCGAACGAUCGACUUUCUGUGGACUAUCGCAGCAUAUGCACGGCCCGAACACGCGCGGGGCGCAGCACAGUGCAGCACCAAUAUCUCUUUUUUAAGCCAUAGA